AUGCAGAUCUCUCCAGAACCCAUGUACGUCGUUUUGGGAAGUGUCGUUGCCAUCGUCACCGUUGCUGUGUGGUACUACCGCCGUAACAAGUACACUCUUCCGGACCUUCAUUACGUCGACUCCAACCUUCAUCGACAUAUCUUGAAAACCAAACCUGGAUUUACCUCCCCUUACCGGCCGCCAUUUUGGCUACAGAACAACCAUCUUCAUACGAUUAUAGCAACGUUCGUGCCAAAGCCCAAAGUGACUUUCAAGCGCGAGUACGUGGAUCUUGAUGACGGAGGUGUGGUUGCCUUGGACUGGGCACAGGGUGGCUCUAAACCUGUUUCAGACACAAGUACUAUUCUCAUUGUGGUGCCCGGGUUGACAGCGAGCGCUGACAAUAUGAGCGAACUUUGCAACAUGGCGUUAAAGCGAGGUUACCGAGUUGUGGUAUUCAACAAACGUGGACACGGGGACUCAGUACUGGCGACACCUAAAAUGCAAGGGUUUGGUGAUGCGAAGGAUAUGAGACACUGUGUGGAGUAUUUACGGGACAAGAAUCCCGCAGCAAAACUUGUGUCUGUAGGCUCCAGUGCAGGGUCGGGCCUCCUUGCCUCCUAUCUUGGUGAAUACGGAGCUGACUGUCAUCUUGCAACAGCAAGGACGAUCCCAUUUCCCCUUGGCAGGAAUAUACCAUUCCACUUGUUUCGUGAGAAUUCGAACUGGCUGCUUGCGACAACAUCCAAGGGAGGUCACUGCGGCUUCCUUGAAGAAUCCACACUGACGCCUUGGUCCGACCGACUAGCUCUUGAUUACAUCGACGCUGUUCUGGAGUUCCAAGCUGCGGAGAAUGAACUAUAA